AUGGAGCAGGGAAGCUGCCGUGCGGAGAGCCCCGGGCCUGGGUCUGUUGGGGCUCCACUGACUGCAAUAUGCCCCCAGGUGAAGACCAAGCCCUGCCAUGGGGGCUGGGGAGCUGCUGGCCUGCUGCUGCUGCUGCUGCUGGCACUGGCCACUGCAGGGGCUGUGGCUGGGGGGCUUCUUGGCUUUGCUCCCAGCCCUCCCAAGCCACUGCUGCAGAUGCUCCGUCUGACUCUCCUGAGCCCCAGUGUGCCCCAGCCCAACCAAACUGCCCAGGUGGACGUGGCCCAGAACGUGGCGACCAUCAGGGUGACUCCAGCUCAGAGCAAUCGCAGCUGGGCAGUGCUGUUCGACGGGCAGAGUGGCCACGUCUGUUACCGACCCCCGGAGCACCAGGCCUGCUUCCUCCACCUGAUGGAGGCACGAGACCGAGAGACCCUGCAGCUGCUGGUGAACACCUCAGAGGCCCAAGAGUCUCGCAGCCCCAGCCAGCACACCCACCGUGCCCAGGAGCUGCUGGCAGUGCUUGGGAGCCACGAGGUGGACCCUGCCCAAGUUGGGGCUUCGGUGCAGCACCUCUGCGCAAAGACCCCCAUUUACUGGGCCCGUCGAGCAGAGGGGCCCCUGAGGCAGCGGCUGAUCUACCUGUGCAUUGACAUCUGCUUCCCAAGCAACAUCUGUAUCUCCGUCUGCUUUUAUUAUCUCCCAGACUGA